AUGCACACGGGACCCACAGACCACGGCUGCUCGCCGCCAAUACGUGGUAGCGACAUAAAUCAACAGCGCCUCCUCGGCCGCCAUCCAGGUGAUCGCCCGCUCCACAUUCUUCAACCCAGGGCGGACCUCGACGCCGACGACAAAGACCAACUGCAACAGCAACACCAAACAUCAACACCAAACAUCAACAUCAACAACAUUACCACCACAUUACCACCACAUUACCACCACCAACCGCCACCAUCCACCUCGACAUCCAUUUACAUGCUGCACGAGUACGCAGUGGCUGGCUCAGGUGUCAGAAAGCCGACCUCAGACUUGCUGCUCCAUCUGCUGGCGAAUCCCAUCUUACGCGACGAGUCCUUCCCCGAAGUCUUCGGCUCGCCCAAGCAGUCGCCGUGGUCGUCGCCAUCGUCUUCCAUGAUGGAAACUCAGAGCUUCACCGCGCGCCGGCCCGCGACCAGCAGCCUCCCAGCCUUCAACCUCCCCCCGCCCACAGACCAUUUCUCUCCCCCACGGUAUCCUUCCUAUGCGCCGGCCUCGUCGAGCCAGCCCGCUCCAGCAAUCGUCAGCAGCGUGCUGACCCCUCCGGCGGGCCUCGCGAGUGACCUCAGCCCGCUGGCAUCAAGCGUGAGUGGGAGCUCCGGGAGCUCAUCCCAAGGCGUGCCUCCAUACCAGCCAUCGAUGGGAUUCUGGCCAACUCCCCAGCAGCCAUCGUACGCCUUCAGCCAAGCCCCGUCGAUGCCAGCACCAUUUGCCCAAGGUCAACACCAGCAUCAGCAAUACCCGCUCAUGAGACCCAGUCCCUUGUAUUCGCCGCCUUUGAACUACCCAGGCCGGAGUACCCACUCGCCGAGCGCCGGCGAAGGACCUUCUCCACCAUACGACUUGAAUCUUCCCCCGUUUCCCACUCCCAUGUCUGGUGGUGGCCAAUCACAGAACCAGAGCUUGCCGACUCUGGCGCCUCAGCAUCAGCAGCAGCAGCAGCAGCAGCACCACCACCACCACCACCAUCGGCAACAGCAUCACCAAGGUCAGCAGAAUCCACAGCAAGAGCAGAGUCAACACCAGCAGAUGAGUCAUCCUGGACUACCAGCAGUGUCGCACCUACCUUCUCAGCAAAGUCCUCUUCAUGCGCCCGAUACCUAUGGCGGCCGGCCCCCUCCGACUCCCACCUACUACACCCCUUCCUCCACUCCGCAGCAAUCCUCCUUCCCAACCUACGUACACCAGUCUCCCACCCAGCAAUCCCCCAUCACAUCUUCCAUGCCCUCACAUCGCAUGUCCCCCGUCUCGGCCCAGAACCACUCCGCGAUGGUCGCCCCUCCAGGCUACCCUCAGCCGUAUAACCGGUAUCCGCUGCCCGCCAUGAACGGUCCCAUCAUGUCGAACCUGCACAACCCGGGCAACCAGAUGGCCCUCGUGGGCGGCAUGAACAUGCAAGGCUACCCGCACCACCACCAACAGAUGUACGGGCAACACCCGCACGGGCAGCUACCCGUCACUGACCGCCCGUUCAAGUGCGAUCAGUGUCAGCAGUCUUUCAACCGCAACCACGACUUGAAGCGCCACAAGAAGAUUCACCUCGCCGUGAAGCCGUACCCGUGCGGCCAUUGCGAGAAGAGCUUCACGCGGAAAGAUGCAUUGAAGAGACAUAUCCUGGUGAAGAGCUGUGGCAAGAGGCCUUCCAUUGGCGGUGCGAACGCGAAUGAGGGUAGCUCACCCCCUGUCGACAAGAACGACGUCAUGAGCGAUUCGACCGAGGAUAAUAGCCCCGAGAUGACGAAAAAGGAGCUGGUGUAG